UCGGGCACUAAAAAAACGUCUCGAUUCCUUUUCCAGAGAACGGGACUGUAUGUCGAUGCCAAACAACAUUGUAUGGCUGAAAGGUGAAAGCCCUUGCUAGAGCACCUAGGAUACAGGUAGAGAGAGUCGAACACUCAAUGGACAUAAGUAGCAAAUUCCCACGAUAAUCAUCGGCCGAAAUCUCGCUUCUUUCGACUUUCCAAUGCGAUUUCCAUCCAACCUCGCCUCCCUCCAGCCUCAACUUGGCCCAAGAAAUCCUCAGACGACACAAAUCUCGAAUGUCACAACAGCACACACCCGCAGAGUUAAGCCUUUUGGCCAUCUUUGCGACAUCCAAUCGAGUCGAGUACGAGAGAGGCAGCACGGAAUACGAGGUCCGAAAGGGAUUACACACUAAUGUAAUCCAAUGUCUCCAACGUCUCCUCGGCGAGCUCGACGAGGCACUCGACCAGCUGUUGAGAAUAGAACCGGAUAGAGAGGACGCAUCCGCAACGUUCAAAUGCAUGGAACGAAUGCUAGAGCAACAAAGAAUUUUCAUCCGCAAUCAGCUAGAGCAUGUUGAACGGGAGGCAGAUGGUGCUGCGCCGACGCCGCCCUACGGCGAAAGCUUUUUUCCCGUCCACCGCCAGCAACUGAGGCAGAUAUCACCAACUCCCCGGUCGAAGCCACCGGCUUGCUUCCAACGAAAACCGGCAAGGUCCAUUCCUCAGUCCGUUUUCGACGGUCCAACAGUUCAACAGGUCGGGCUCGGUAUCGAGGAGCCCCAGAGGCCCUCAUCCUCUAAAGCGCAACUCCGCUUCGAGCCACACCGUUCCCAAUCUCCCUCUAGAAACACAACAAGAACAUCUCCACCAAGCCCCCAAGAGCAUAUGAAAUGGGUUGCGCCCUUUGGACGCGAGUACAGAGUAUGGCCUACCGCGGAUGCAGACUACUCGCGACCCGCACUGAAGCCCGUCACCUACAAUAUGGACCAGGAUAGACCAUCUCUUCGGCUGCCGGGGGACAUGAGUGGCGCGGUGCAUAUCAGGAGACAGCUUGAUGAGCAGGAGGAGACAGUCGAGAACUCCAAGGUUCACCAGUGGCUAAAAGAUAUUGGGCCGGAUCCGGACGCCGAAAGCGACGAUGUAGAAAGCGACAAUGUAGGGCCUCGGGGCCAUAAAAGACACGGCGAGGACGAUUUAGUUCCGCCUCUCGGCAAGAAGCCCAAGGUACUUGGUCUCCGCGGCGGGAAAGAAGAUGGGAGAGGGGCGCUGAGAACACUCUUUAGCAGUCUCAACCCCUUUGGGAAAAGGAAGACGUCCGGCUCUAGAAACGACGCCCCAAGAAACCAUGGCUUGGGAAACGGUGGCCCGACCAACGAAGGCGCAAGAAACCAAAGCUCGACGAACACCAACCACAGCAUCGCCUCACCAGACUGGGAAACCCCACCGUCCGUCAUUGUUGUAGAAAGCUUGCGCACCAAGUUCUGCAACGGAGAAAGUGACAAAAUGGCCCGGCGCUACUGCCGCUGGUUCGAGUUCCUCAUCCCCCUCACCGAGGAGACACCGGGCUCCAUCUCCGCGUCAAGCUUCAUGGCACGCCGCAGGCAGAGGAAGAAGCUCGAGAAGCUGAAAACGGCGCUCGCGCACAUGUCCAUCAGACCAUUUAAGAGGCGCCAGGCGACGCACAACAGGAUCGUACUACUCGGGAGCAGAAUUAGCCUGCACACGGAUACCAUGAGGAAGCUCACAGACAUGAGUCCCACGGAGGAGUCGGUGAUCUUGCAGACGCAACAGGACAUAGUUGAGUGCUGCGACAAGUUGGACCGCGAUUCGGCGGAGCUAGAAGAGUUGGAGAUAAAGCUGAUGCAGCAGAUGACGCUGGAAGAAAAGAUCUUUCUGGGCGGUGUGGUGCAUGGGGAUUGCUUCCUCAACUGGAUCACCAAGACAAGGAACCGUGUCCACUGGGAGCUAAGCUUUAUCGACCGGGUCAGGCAGAAACCGGAAAGGAUCAUGGUCGGCAUGCAUACGUGUUAUUCCGUUUGAAUCAUUUCAACCCGUGUUUAGAGUCCAGGAACGAGAGGAGCUCUGGGCAAUGAGAAUCUUGGU